GUUUUCUGCGGUUUCGUCAAAGCACGGACAACUAGCCGCCUCUGGCGGCCUGAGCCCUUGACGCCGACGCCAUGCGCAUCGCCAUGUUCUCCUGGGAGUCCCUGCACUCCAUCAGCGUCGGCGGCGUGGCGCCGCACGUCACCGAGUUGGCUGCGGCCCUGCAACGGCGGAACCAUGAGGUGCACGUCUUCACUCGCCGCGCAGAGGGCCAACAGCUCCAUGAGGAGAUCUAUGGAGUGCAGUAUCAUCGAGUGCAAAGUCCGCCAAGUGAUGACUUCGUGGAUCAAAUGGAAAAGAUGUGCAAUUCCAUGGUGUGGUGCUUCGGUGAGACCAUGUCUGUGGUGGGCGACUUUGAUAUCGCACAUGCGCAUGACUGGAUGACUGGCAAAGCCAUGGUGCAGUGCAAAAAUUCCCAUGGGCUCCGUUGUAUCUUCACCUUCCACAGCACCGAGCAGGGACGAAGUGGAGGCCCCGGGGGCGGCUCCGAGUGCGUGUCGGGCAUGGAGGGCGAGGCCGCCUUCGUGGCGGAUCGGGUCAUCGCGGUGUCGGAGCGGCUGAAGGUGGAGCUCUGUGAGACCUAUCAGCUGCCCGAGGCCAAGGUCUGGGCGAUCAACAAUGGCAUCCAGUGUGCCCGCUUUGAUGGCAUGCUGGAGGAUCCUGGCUCCAUCAAGGGAAACUAUGGCAUCGGUCCCUUAGAUCCGGUGGUGCUUUUCGUGGGUCGCAUGGUGGGUGGCAUGAAGGGUGGCGACAUCUUGAUUGAGGCGGUGCCCGAUAUCUUGGGAUCUCAUGGCGAUGCCAAGAUCGUCUUUGUGGGUGACGGUGACAACAAGAUGCAUUGCGACCACAGAGCCAAAGAACUCAACGUCGAAGGUUCCUGCCGUUUCUUGGGAUCACGCUCUGGCGAAGAGCUUGUGAAUCUGUUCAAGGUGGCUGACUGCGUGGUGGUACCCAGCCGAUAUGAACCAUUCGGCCUCACGGUCUGUGAAGCUUGGUCAGCUGGGAAAGUCGUGGUCGUUGCUUGGCACUUUUGGCACUUUUGGCACUUUGGCACUUUGGCACUUGGCAAUCACUUGGCAUGUCAAGAGAUGGAGAUGGAAGAGAAGACAUUUCUGCGGCUUCAGAUCAGGUGGGAUGUCCUGUGAGCCACGGUGAAGACGGGUGGGUUGUCUCUGCCACACCGGAAGGUGUCGCUUGGGGCGUCAAUGAAGUCUUCCGUGACUGGGACCGUGCCAGAGAAAUGGGCGCCAAGGGUCGAGUGAAGGCAGCUUUCUCCCUGUCCUGGGACACCGUGGCUGAGCUAACUGAGAAAGCCUACACCGAAUUCUAAUGACCAAUUGUGACCAAAGGCACCGCCAAAUGAUCCGAUGCGCAACGAUUUCAAUUUGUUGACGUUUCUCCUGAAACUGUUGACUCUGAAUCUUUUGAUUUCAC